AUGAUUUCACUUCAUUUGUCGAUCGGCUCGAGAAGUCAUCAAGCUCCGGUUAUCGGUAUCCAGUUAUCGCACCCGUUGGGAUCAGAAGAUCCCCCUUAUCUUCCACCAAUAGAGGCAGCAGUUAUUAACACCAAGCGACAAGCUAUUGCAGCUCUAGAAGUCUCGUACAAACUUACGGGCAAGUUUUGGAAUACUUGGCAGACACAAUACCUAACGGCUCUUCGUGAAAAGCAUACUCGCGAAGUGAGCCACAAAAAGGGUUGUUCACAGACACCCGAGGUGGGAACUCUGGUACUUAUAUGUGAUUCUCUACAACCACGUCACUCAUGGAAAGAUGGAGUGAUACACCCAGUAAUAGCCAAUAUUGAAGGGAAAAUUCGAGAGGUAGUAGUACGGCUACCAUCGCAGCGCCUCAUAAGGCGCCCGGUGAAUCUACUCGUCCCUUGGAACUUGAUGAUAACGGCAGUAGUACGAAAGAAAUCUCGAAGAAGCCCAAAUCAAAGGAACAGGCAUCAACAGAACCGUCUCAACAAAGAGACCAAUCAGACCGUGACACGCCAGUAUUAA